UCACACCUUAAAUUAGACUGUUUUGGUAUUGCCUUCGUGAAAAUGUCCACCUACUACUUUGUUAUUGUGGGUCAUAACGAUAAUCCCAUCUACGAGAAGGAAUUUAGCACGGUGAACAAGGAACUAAGGAAAGAGGACCACAGGCACCUGAGCCAGUUUAUUGCCCAUGCCGCCCUGGAUUUGGUGGACGAGCACAAAUGGAAAACGGCUAAUAUGCAACUUAAAUCCAUUGAUAGGUUCAACCAAUGGUUCGUUUCCGCCUUUAUAACCGCCAGCCAAAUAAGAUUUAUCAUCGUUCAUGACAACAAAAACGACGAAGGCAUCAAAAACUUCUUUAACGAAAUGUAUGACACGUACAUUAAGCACUCCAUGAAUGCUUUUUAUCGGAUCAACACACCCAUCAAAUCCCCCAUGUUUGAGAAGAAGUCGGAGAUCUUUGGCCGAAAGUAUCUGUUAUCCUAAGUUUGUUAAGAUCUUUACAUAUUAAGUAACGUUGUAAUAUAAUCUUGAUGUAUUUAACCCAGAAAA